AUGGGGGCCACUCGCGGGUCGCGGCGGCCCUCUCGGCUCCUGCUGCUGCUCUUGGCGCUGCUUUUCGCCCUUUCGGUGUCUGCUGCUGCUGCUGCUGCUGCUACGAAGCCAGCAGCAGCAGCAGAGCCCUCAGAAGCAGCAGCAGAGCAGCAGGAGGCAAACGAAGCAGCAGCAGCAAAGGAUGAGGAGCCCGCCUGCACUACAGGCCUGAGAGAUGCGCUGAACGCGGCCAUCGCUGAGAUGCACACGGAGCACUACAUGGCGAACGAGCUGCUGAGCCGCUACAAGCGGGUGCCCUACGUGCCGCUGCUGGCCUGCCCGCUGCUGCAAACCCCCGAGGGUUUGUGGCCUUCUUUGGGGUCUUUGCAUCCUUCGGAUUUGCUGCUGCAGGUGCUGCACAGGGGCGUGCUGCGCGUGGCCACUUACGGGGUGCCCCCGCAGCAGCAGCAGCAGCAGCAGCAGCAGCAGCAGCAGCAGCAGCAGCAGCCGGAGCAGCACCCGGACGGGCCCCACAGGGCCUACAGGGGCUUCGACUGGGGAGAAGAAGCCGACUACUCCAAGGACCCACCCAAGGGGUUUUUCCCGGACUACCUGCGUCGGCUGGCCGCGGUGUUGGGCGCGCACUACGGCCGCGAGGUGUCUGUACACUACAAUUACUACACCUCCGGGGCUGCAUGUUUGCAAUCCGUUUUAAUUGGAGAAACUGACAUGACAGAUAUAUACUUUUUGCAGUCCAUGCCCGACGAUGAGUCUUUGCUGCAGUUCUCUCUCGCGGGGGGGGCCCCCAAGCCGCUGCCUGCAGCGGAGGGGCUUUCCCAGGGUCCAGGGGGGCCCCCGGGGGCCCCCCAGGGGGCCCCCCAGGACCCCCAGGGGGCCCCCCAGGCCGCCGGGGGGGCCCCCGGGGGGCCCCCCACCCCGGGGGGGGCCCCCCAGGGGGCCCCCCUGGGGCCCCCCGCUGUGGGGGGCCCCCCGGGGCCCCCGGGGGGCCCCAAAAAGGGUCUUAUGGGGGCCUACUUUUACCGAACUUGCCCCGUUGUGGGGGCGAGCAAUGUGUUUGUGACUCGGAGUUCUUUGAAGUUCAAAUCUUUGCAAGAAGUGGCGGCUUAUAUUCGAAGACACCCCAGCAGCAACACUGUGGCUUUCUUGACUGCAGCAAACUACCGAACUGUGGCUUUUUUGCUGCCUCCCAACACCCCCGUCGUCGUGAUGCCCAAGGCCGCAGCGCUUGCUGCAGUGCGUGGGGGGCAGCUGCUGGGGCUGCUGCUGACUGGCUCGCUGCAGCCCGAAGAAGCUGUGGGGCUGCAUGCGCUCAAAACGAAAGUCUUUUCAUCUGUGGGGUCUUGGCUGCGUCGCACUGACACGGCGCGUUGUUUGGCCCACCGCUUCCGCACGGACUUGGCUGCGCUGCGGCCUCGCGCUGUUGCUGCUGCUGCUGCAGCGCAGCAGCAGCAGCAGCAGCAGCAGCCGCUGCAGGCUGCUGCAGCAGAGCAGAGCCCGCACGCUGCAGCCGCCGCGGCAGCCGCGCUCGCGGUGUUCGCCGCGCUGCUCCUCGGCUGA